CUCUAAACCUUGAUGGCCUUUAACAACCCCAACAACAUCAACAACACGUCUCCUGAAGAAGAAAUUCCCGUCAUUUCCUGCAUUUUUAUUAUAAAUAUUUUGUUAUUAAUAGUUUGUUAGUGUGUUUAUUGAGGCAAGAUGUCGUACAUGCUGCAACAUCUGCACAAUGGGUGGCAAGUGGACCAGGCAAUACUCAGUGAGGAGGACAGAGUCGUGGUGAUCCGCUUCGGCCACGACUGGGAUCCAACCUGCAUGAAAAUGGAUGAAGUGCUCUACAACAUUGCUGAAAAAGUGAAGAACUUUGCUGUCAUAUAUUUAGUGGAUAUUACUGAGGUGCCAGACUUCAACAAAAUGUACGAAUUGUACGACCCCUGCACGUGCAUGUUUUUCUUCAGGAACAAGCAUAUUAUGAUUGAUCUUGGUACUGGUAACAACAAUAAAAUCAACUGGGCCUUGGAAGACAAGCAAGAGAUGAUUGAUAUCGUGGAGACGGUGUAUCGUGGAGCACGCAAAGGAAGAGGUUUAGUGGUGUCUCCAAAAGAUUAUUCAACAAAAUACAGAUAUUGAAAGUUUGUCAGUUUUUGUGUUUAUUUUUUUGUAUACAAAUGUUUGAUUACUUUAUUAGUGGUAAGACUUUUUAUUUUAGAAAUUGUAUCUGUAAGGUCAUAUGAUAAUAACCUGGAUAAUUCUGGAUUAUAAUAAAUUUCAUCUAUUGCAAAAGAGUAUUCUUAUUAAAUUUUAUUUGCUAAUUGAUUAACUAACUGUAUACAUAUUAAUGCAAUGAGUUGGGAAUACAGCAGAGCCAAAAGUCAUUUUUGGGGGGCCUUUUUUUUUUUUCUUAGAAAAGUAUUUAUAAUUUUUGCAUACAUGUAUAUGAUACAGCAUGUAAAAUGUGUGUCAAAACAAGUAAAGAGCUUAAUGUAUUCCUCUGUAAUCAGUAAUUGUCAUUAUUUUCUCCCUAACUUUUAUUUUUAUGUAAAUGACUAUGAUACAAUAAUAAUAAAGUAUCAAUAAUAUUCAA